GAUGAUGCCGAAGAACUGGAAGUUGAAGACUCUGAUCUCAGAACAACUAUCGAAAAGGAGAUAAGAGAGGAGACAUACGUGUGCUUGGUGUGUACUGGUGAGAUAGACUACACGGAGGAGUUCUGGUCAUGCGGCGACUGUUAUAGGGUAUAUCACAUCUCUUGCAUCUCGAGCUGGUCAACAAAGGGCUCUUCGACCGAUGAGGAGGGUAAUUGGAAAUGCCCUGCUUGUCAUUCAACGCAUGCUAGAACCAAAUUCCAAGACAAAUGCUGGUGUUCAAAGACUAUAAAUCCACAGCCAAAUCAACUGCAUCCGGGUAGUUGUGGUCAAACUUGUGGUGCGCAGUUGCCUGGCUGUCCUCAUAAGUGUCCGUUGGCUUGCCAUCCGGGACCUCAUGCACAAUGUAAUGCGCUGGGCCCAUUGUUGAAAUGUAAAUGUGGUAAACAUGAAAACCAAUGGCCGUGUGUCAUUACGCCGUAUAUCGAAGGAUGGCAGUGUGACGAGAUAUGCCAGGAGUUCUUGCCCUGUGAAUUGCAUAAAUGUGGUAAGAAAUGCCAUGCCGGGUUGUGUGGUAAAUGUGAAACUUUUGUUUCAUCGAGAUGCUACUGCGGCCAAUCAACAGAUAUGUUGAAGUGCCACUUGAGGAUGCCCAAGUUGAGUUUCGGAGAGAGGAGAGAGGACAAUUGGGUCGGUGACUUCCAAUGUAAACUGACUAAAGAUGUGACCUAUGAUUGUGGUCUUCAUUCAACAUCAAUAGCAUGUCAGCCAGUUCCAAAAAGAAAGCUACAUUGUCCUCAAAGCCCUGAUAUCUUGAAGACUUGUCCAUGUGGUCAAACUUCAAUCUUGGAGUUGAACAAUGGUGUGAAUAGACAGUGCUGUACAGAUCCAAUUCCAACCUGUGAUAAAUUGUGCAACAAGACUUUACCGUGUGGUCACCGUUGUAAAUGGAAAUGCCAUGACGGCGAAUGCUCACCGUGUUUAGAAAUCCUCAAGCAAAAGUGUCGUUGUGGGUUCAACUCAUUUAAUGUUCCCUGUAAAUUUAUUUCUCAGGGAUUCGAGGCAACUUGCACAAGACAAUGCACUGUCCUGUUAUCGUGCCGUCGUCAUAGAUGUGAAAAGAUUUGUUGUCCAGAUGAAUCUUCAGGAUUGGCAAGGGAAAGGCAAAGAAAGAAAAGUCUACGGAAUAAUCAAGUCACAUCGAGAAAUGCAAACUCGGCUUUCAACGUCGAAGCAGGUCAUAUCUGUUUAAGAACUUGCAACAAGAAACUGUCUUGUGGAAAUCCUGACCACGUAUGCCACGAUACAUGCCAUGCAGGACCUUGUCGUCCAUGCUUGGAAUCUACAAACGAUGAUCUUGUUUGUAACUGUGGUAAAACAGUGGUGAUGGCACCAGUGCGGUGUGGUACUACUUUACCACCAUGUGACCAUCCAUGCAUUAGGCCAACUCCGUGUGGUCAUCCACCAAUGCCUCAUAACUGUCAUCCGGACUCUGUGGAGUGUCCAAAAUGUACGUAUACAGUCAUGAAGGAGUGCAACUGUUCCAGGAAGAUAAAGAGAAGCGCAAUGUGCCACCAAAAGGAUGUAUUCUGUGGUAACAAGUGUGAUCACAAGUUACCUUGCGGACACACCUGUCUCAUGCUAUGCCACAAGGGACCAUGUGUCUGUAAGUCCUUCUGUGGUAGAAAGAAGAAAUACUGUUCUCAUGUUGACAGGACACCAUGCCAUUACCCAGAGCCGUGUAAGUUGGAAGAUGUCUGCGCUGAACCAACUCAAGUCAAGUGUAGAUGUGGGAGAAUGACUAAAACGGUUCCAUGUGGGGCAUCAGUGGAUAAGGAGUCUGUUGCAGGUACGCCUAUAAGCUGUGAUGUCUCAUGUGUGUUGAAAGAAAGAGAUGAACGACUGAAAAGUGCAUUCAACAUUACAAGUAACUCUGCAGAAUCUGAUAUGGCCAAUGUGCCGUAUUCUGAUGAAGUUCUGAAGAUUGCAAGUGUUCAAGAGAAAUGGUGUUUACAAGUGGAGGGUAUAAUGAGAGAGUUCAUGUCUAAUGAACGUCGCUCGAUGUCUUUCAAACCUAUGAGGCGUGAACAAAGGGCAUUUGUGCAUGAGCUGGCCGAAUGUUUUGGGCUAUUUUCUGAAUCACAAGACCCUGAACCUAAGAGAAGCGUCUUUGUCUCCAAGAAACCAAAUUCAGCGUCACCAGAGAUGUCCUUGGCACAAGGUAUAAGAAGGUUCCAAGCUCAUAAGAGGGCAACGACAAAGAUCCCGUUGAAGGUUGAAUCCACGAAAAAGAAUCUCAAUGCGAUCUUGAUCCAGGACUGUAUUGAAGGUACUACGAGAGACAUGGUUGACGAUGUUGUUAGACCAUUGUUUGGCGAAUCUGAUAUGCUCUACAGCAUCCAAGCUGUUAACAAGACAAAAUACCUCGUUGUUCCUGAAGCAUUCAUGAGAAGUUCUGAUGAUAAAGAGGAAAAACUUCAACAAGUGGCUCUAAAGCUGUCUACCAUUUGCAGAGAAAUGUUUAUCUCAAACGUUGUGAAAAUGGUGAGAAUAAACAUUGACUAUGACAUUGUGAGAGAAGAGUCGGUGGAAUCCAUAUCUAAUGAAUCAAGCUCAAAAGAAAGU